GCGGAGACAGAAGACCGGAAGCAACGGCCAUGGAAAGUGAAUAUUCAGACCCUGACAUGGCUGGACUGGGCGAGACGGAGAAUGGAGAGAACGCCCCUGUGUACUGCAUCUGCCGGAAGCCGGACAUCAACUGCUUCAUGAUAGGAUGCGAUCACUGCAAUGAAUGGUUCCACGGACACUGCAUCAAUAUUACUGAGAAAAUGGCGAAGGCUAUUCGGGAGUGGUACUGCAUGCAGUGUCGAGCAAAAUAUCCUCAUCUGGAGAUCAAAUAUCGACACAAGAAAUCCAGGGACCGGGAAAGAGACACUGAUAGAGAGGAGAAUGAGGAGCAACAGAGGAACGACAGGAGGAGGAACAGCACCGGCAGUGGAGGCAAGGUUAAGCGAUCGGCCCGCAUGUGUGGGGAGUGCGAGUCCUGCAGCCGCACCGAGGACUGCGGGCAGUGCGACUUCUGCAGAGACAUGAAGAAGUUUGGAGGCCCCAACAAGAUUCGCCAAAAAUGCCGCCUCCGGCAGUGUCAAGUCAGGGCAAGGAAAAUGCUGCGGGUGAAGGACGACGAGUACUCCGUGUACACGCCAGAACCGCCCAGCCUGGCCGACUCGAUGUCUGACGAUGAGCUUCCUCUGGAUCCAGAUCUGUAUCAGGAGCUGUGUGCCGGAGGAGCCUUCGAUGAUCAGAACCUGCCUUGGCUCAGCGAUACGGACGACGCGCCAUUUCUGGACUCUGUUCUGAGAAAGAGAGCCGUCAAGGUCAAGCACGUCAAGAGGCGCGAGAAGAAGUCUGAAAAGAAGAAAGAUGACAAAUACAAGAGACACAAGCAAAAGCAGAGGCACAAGGACAAGGCCAAGCACUCUGAACGCAUAGAAAACCGAGACUACUCCUCCCUGCGCCAGUGCUUGGGGCCCAGCUGUGUGCAGCCAGCCAGGGCGGGCUCCAAGUACUGCUCCGAGGACUGUGGCAUGAAACUGGCAGCCAAUCGCAUCUAUGAGAUCCUCCCUCAGCGGAUCCAGCAGUGGCAGCAGAGUCCUUGUGUCGCUGAGGAGCAAGGCAAGAAGUUGCUGGAACGCAUCCGGCGGGAGCAGCAGCAGGCACGCACCAAACUCCAAGAGAUGGAGCGGCGCUUCCACGAGCUGGAAGGCUUGAUCACCAAAGCCAAGCAACAGCAGAUCCGCGAGGAUGAAGAGACCAACGAUGGGGACAGCGAUGACACUGACCUCCAGAUCUUCUGCGUGUCUUGUGGCCAUCCGAUCAACCCUAAAGUUGCUUUACGGCACAUGGAGCGCUGUUACGCCAAGUAUGAAAGUCAGACCUCAUUUGGAUCCAUGUACCCCACAAGAAUUGAAGGGGCGACCCGUCUCUUCUGUGACGUGUACAACCCGCAUAGCAAAACCUACUGCAAACGUCUCCAAGUGCUGUGUCCGGAGCAUUCCCGAGACCCCAAGGUCCCAGCAGAUGAGGUGUGCGGGUGCCCCAUGGUGAAGGACGUCUUCGAGUUGACUGGCGAAUUCUGCAGGGUCCCAAAGAGGAAGUGUAACCGCCAUUACUGUUGGGAGAAACUCCGCCGCGCCGAGGUUGAUUUGGAGCGAGUUCGUGUGUGGUACAAACUGGAUGAACUCUUUGAGCAAGAACGAAAUGUCCGCAUGGCGAUGACUAAUCGCGCCGGCCUGCUGGCUCUCAUGUUACACCAAACCAUCCAGCACGACCCCGUCACCACGGACCUGAGGACACACACAGAACGCUAAUCGGGGGAGGGGGCUUUUUUUUUUAUUUUAUUUUUAUUAAACCAGUGUUUCUUCAAGUUUUUAUAUAGAUUGUGUGAAUCCCACGUUUUAAAGAACCUGUAAAGGCGUUUCACUGACGUCUCGUAUGUUAUCCCAGGUGUUUUACUCUCACAUUGUACAGACUCAAGCCUUAAGGUGGGGGCUGCAGAGGGUGAUGUCUCGCGAGUGACAUCUGUAGAAAAGACUUUGGCUGGCCAUAUUAACAUAGCGGUCAGUGAGAUCGCAGCAGUUUUAUCUAAUUUGUAUGGCCAGCGGUAAGGAAGUGUGGGUAGUACUUUCUGAAAAAGAUAUAUGACAACUCCAUUAACUAAAUAUAUAGAUAUAUAAUCUACAUAAAGAAUUGCUCUUCUUCUCUUGUACUGAUCCGGAGUUACAUCCUGUAUUAUACUCCAGAGCUGCACUCACUAUUCUGCUGGAGCAG